AUGACAGCAACGUUAAGCACGUCCCCGCGUGCACAAAGCGCUGCUCAACGAGGGGAGGCGUCGCGGCUACAGGAGCAGCAGCGUGAGGAGCAGGCAAGACAGGGGGAAGUGGUAGCACUGGAGGCGCUGGUGGAUGGUGCGGCGGAUGCUGGGGCAGGGGAAACGAGUUCACGGGAGGAUGCUGCUGCUGUGGAGCCUGGUAUGACGCUAGGGGUGGAGGCUGUUGUUGCUGCGGCGGCUGAUCCGAUAGAGGUGGAGCAGGUGGAGCGCUCGCCUCCUGCUGAGACUGCUGCCGCCUCUGACGACGGCUUAGUCUCACCCGUGGUGGCGCGGCCGGCGGCGAUGACGCCACCGGCAGACGAGAUUCUGGCUGCGGAGGAGGAACAGGGGGAGUCGGGGCUGCGCGUUCCACCGACGCCAGCAGUGGCAGAUUCCCCGCCAACUCUCGAGGAGACUGAGAUCGCGGCGGUCGUGGCUGAGGCAGUGAGGCAACAAGGACAACCUCCGAGCGAAGCGGGCGCCCCGACUGCCGCUGUGUUCGCCAGAAUGCCUGCUGCUGCCGCGACCACAAACACGCAUGAGCACGGCCAGGCGGAGGGUGGAAUUGAGGGCCGUGCGAUCGCCGUCGCUUCCGGCGCCGCCCGGCGAGGAGGAAGACGAAGCUGCGCGCGCAGCCAGCACCGAGGCGGCUUGGAGCAGGGCUGGGACCUGGGGCCCCGGGACCCCUCCUGGGCUGGCUUCGGCAAGGGCAGUCGCCACCAGAGCAAGCGCAUUGAGCGGGUGGCUGCGCCCGUGACUGGGGGCGAGGAUGGUUCUGAUAACUCCCAGAACGGGAGCGAGUCUAUCCCGUCGCACUCUGAGGCAUUGGAGGAGGUCUCGCUGGGCAAUGACGAGAAUCAGAAUGUGCUUGAGCAGAGGCGAGUGAGGAGGGGGGAGCAAGGUGGUGUGCCACAUCCUCCCAAUAUGCCAGCAGGAGAGGCUGCAAAUGCGCCAGCGCGGCCAUCUGAGAAAUCACCCGCCGAGCUGGCGAAAGAUGAGUCUAUCUGGCAUCUGGCCAGCACUUGGGAUAUCGCGCCGCUUCAGCAAGCAGACUAA